UCUCUUUCUCAAAUGUCAUAGCAGUCAUAAACAUACCUGCCCUCAGGGUCUUGUUACAAGACAGCCUAUAUAUAAGGGUGGUCACCCUUCAACGUCUCACUUAUGUCCUAGCCACCACCCGUGUUACAGCAGCCUUACAGCAGUUAACCAACAAUCAUGUGCGACGACGAUGUUACUCCCCUGGUGUGCGACAAUGGGUCAGGCAUGGUCAAGGCUGGCUUCGCCGGUGACGAUGCUCCUCGUUCAGUCUUCCCCUCAAUCGUCGGUCGCCCUCGUCACCAGGGUGUGAUGGUCGGCAUGGGUCAAAAGGAUGCCUAUGUGGGUGACGAGGCUCAAAGCAAAAGGGGUAUUCUCACACUCAAGUACCCAAUCGAGCAUGGCAUCAUCACCAACUGGGACGACAUGGAGAAGAUCUGGCAUCACACCUUCUACAAUGAAUUGCGAGUUGCUCCUGAGGAAUCACCAAUUCUUCUUACCGAGGCACCACUUAAUCCAAAGGCCAAUCGUGAGAAGAUGACUCAGAUCAUGUUCGAGACUUUCAGUGCACCAGCGAUGUACGUCGCAAUCCAGGCCGUUCUUUCACUCUACGCCUCUGGUCGUACCACAGGCAUCGUCCUUGAUUCUGGAGAUGGAGUAUCCCAUACCGUCCCCAUCUAUGAAGGCUUUGCUCUCCCCCAUGCUAUCAACCGUCUGGACUUAGCUGGACGUGAUUUGACAAAUUAUCUGAUGAAAAUCAUGACUGAAAGAGGCUACUCCUUCACGACUACAGCAGAACGUGAGAUCAUCCGCGACAUUAAGGAAAAGCUAUGCUACGUUGCUCUGGAUUAUGAAAAUGAAAUGGCACAAGCUGCAGCCUCAACUUCAUUAGAUAAGUCUUAUGAGCUUCCCGACGGCCAGGUCAUUACCAUCGGCAAUGAACGUUUCCGAGCUCCUGAGGCCAUGUAUCAGCCUUCCUUCCUUGGUAUGGAAUCAGCUGGAAUCCAUGAAACUGUCUAUCAGUCCAUCAUGAAGUGUGAUGUCGACAUCAGGAAGGAUCUUUAUGCCAACACUGUCAUGUCUGGAGGUACCACCAUGUACCCUGGUAUUGCUGACAGGAUGCAAAAGGAAAUCACUAACUUGGCUCCCUCUACCAUCAAGAUCAAAAUCAUCGCUCCUCCUGAGAGGAAGUACUCCGUCUGGAUCGGUGGUUCUAUUCUAGCUUCUCUGUCUACUUUCCAGACCAUGUGGAUUUCUAAGGAGGAGUAUGAUGAGUCUGGCCCAGGAAUUGUCCAUCGUAAAUGUUUCUAAAUAUUUUAUUUUCUUUCUCCAAAUAAAAGAUAACUUAUA